AUGUCUAAACUCAUCGAUGAUGUGUUCGAACGGAUGGCCGACACCGGGGCCAAGAUCACUAGGUGCUCCCGUGGAUGCAUCAUGAGCCACUUUCAGCAACUCAAAAGACAACGUCUCCUCAUCCGCGGGCCGGAUGGAGAGCUAGCACUCAGUGCUCGUUUCGCAGAAGUGGUCGAGCAGCUGUCGAAGGACCCCACGUUCACCGAGCACAGCCUGCUGAAGAACAAGGCGCUCAUCGACCUGAAGGUGUUUCGCGCAAAGAACACCACAAAGAAAGAGCUGUACGAUGAAAACGCGGAGCUGCAAGAGAAGCUCGACAUGUCGGAAGCGACCGUUGCGAGGCUUAACAAUAUCAUAGAAAGCUUCAGCACCACCGUAGAAGAACGCGACGCGGCUUGGCAGGAGCGUGACAAGGCCUUAGAGACGCUACGCAGCCUACGCGCAACGCUGCAAAUGACGCCGUCCAACGGCACCGGGAACGAGCACCAGCCCAUGGAGGUGGACACGGAUGAGGGUGCGCACUCGUCGGCCGCGACGCAGCACAGCGGACAUAGCUUACAACGGGUACCGACCAUGCCCAACUUCGCUGUUAACGAGCCGUUUACGCCGAGGCGCAAAUCCACGGCCCAGCUGCUGACGCCUCCUGCGACGGACGAUCGCGAGCCGACUCGGCGCCGGCUCGCGCGUACUUCCGCUUCGCUCUCGUAUCGCGACUUUGACGAGCAAGCCGAGGGACGCCCUAUGGACGCGUCUGGGCAGUCCGUGGCGCAUGGGGCCUCCAGCGAGGCGUCCGAGUCCCGCAUACAGCUCCAGGGCGCCACUAUUCUAUCAGCUGGGGCUGCUGACACUGGCGAGGAGUCGUUCGACGACAUCCAGCGGAGGCUGAGUAGAUUGGCGGACCAGACGGCUCGGAAGGAGCAUGAUCACAGCGUUAGGGAGGAAGACCUAAAGCAAAAAGUUGCAGUCGCCACACAGCGGGCUGUGAGUGCUGAGGAGCGAGCUUUGGGUGCUGAAGAGCGGGCUGCGGGUGCUGAAGAGCGGGCGGAAGCCGCUGAGCAAAGAGCGGCCGCCUCGGAUGCAGCGAAGGCAAUUUUGGAGGCUAAAUUGCUGGACGAUAUUGCACAGCACAACCUUCAGGUCGCCGACUACGAGCGGCGGCUCGAGCAGAGCAAGGCCGAGUGCCUUGAGCAGUCGCUGCUCACCCAAGAAGCGCGGGCGAAAGCCGCAUACAUGCGCCAGAACUGCGCCAUGCUCAACCGCCGGCUGGUGCAGGCAGUUGAGCAGAGCGGGAGCGUGUCCACGCUCGCGAACGUGCGCAUUGCAGAGCUCAGCGCGGAGGUUGUCAGCAGCCUCGAUAUGGUCUAUCAAGCUACGCACAAGGCGCAGGCUUUUGUGCAAGGGAUCGUGACGACUGCCACCUCCUUCGCACAGAACAUGACAAGCCAGUGGCCUGUGGCUUGGUAG